ACAUGUUUGGUAAAGCAUAUAAAGCAAUGAUGACAAAUCCCAGAUCUACAACCCAAGCAAAUUUUCGUCCGUUCAUAAAAGAAUUAUGUGAAAGGAAACAAAGUAUAAAACUUCAACAAUAUCAAUUUUUAGAUUUUCGAAAGGAUAUUGGAACAAAUACUUGA